CUCCUGGGAAUGUCAGGCCCGUGAUCUCUCGCUCCUAUUGGCUGCUGUCUGUCGUUACGUCACAAUCAUGAUUAGAAUUGAUGAUUGGACGUGCUGAUUUCAUUGUCUGUUCCCGGAGCGAAGAGGACCCGGAGAGGCCCCCGUGAUUCCAGCGGCGGGGGACUGAUAUCACUGCCAAUAGCACUGUCAAACUUGUGCUAUGGAGGGAUCUGUGGCUCCAAAUGUUGGGGAAGUGACCUCCACAGGGUCUCAGGGAUACCAGCCAGAGAUGAACCUUAGGUCUGUUUUUACUACAGAGCAACAGAGAAUAUUACAGAGAUAUUAUGACAAUGGAAUGACUAAUCAGAGUAAAAGUUGCUUUCAGCUCAUUUUGCAAUGUGCGCAAGAAACCAAGUUGGAUUUCAGUGUAGUCAGGACUUGGGUUGGAAACAAAAGAAGAAAAAUGAGCAGCAGUAAAAGUUAUACAGAUUCUGGAACUGCUUUACCGGGGUCAGUGUCAAACUCUCCUUCACGUCCUCCAGAAGUAUCUGUAAGAAAUGUGCCAAAAAGUAUUAGAACCCAACCUCUGCAGACUUCUUGUAAUAGUGAUCUAGUCAUGAACUGUGUGUACAGUACAAGUAAUUCUUUGACUAGACAGGGGUCUACUCCUCCAACCACAUCUCCUAAGACUGAGACACUUAAACCCAACCUGCCCAGACCAACUGAAAGAACCGAAGGCGAGUAUCUGAAAAUGCAUGUUCCUGUGCAACGGCAGGCACCUGUGUCAAAAAGCUCAUUACAGCAGCUGGAUGAGAAGACUGUUAUGGUAUCACGACAGCCAAGUGUAGCAAACCCCCCCAACUCUCUGUAUGCCAAGAAAAAUUUUAGUGUAUCUACUGGUCAAAUGCUAGAAAGAAUAGCCCCUCAGAAAACAAUGACUUGGUCUAUAAAAAGUGUGCCAGAUCCUCCUGGAGGCCAAAGGUUAUACAAAUCAGAGCGACCCAGUGUAAGUCCCACUGGGCAUGUGUUUGUGGGGCAAAGAAAUAGAGAGUCGUCUUGUGGCUUAAAAAAUCUAGAGAUCCGUGAAGUAUUUUCAUUGGCUGCUACAGAACAUUCUUCAAGGACUUUAGGAGGUACUGUAGAGGACAGGCCGCGUUUGGUUGAGAGCAGUUGCUUUUCUAUUGCAAUGGAAACAGGAGAUGUUGAUGAUGAGUAUGCUCGGGAGGAAGAACUGGCAUCUAUGGCUGCACAAAACCAUGCAUGUUUAAGAUAUAGGGAGAAUGACAGUUCCCCUAAUUUGGAGAAUCACUGCGCUUUAUCGCCUACACCAGUAAGAACAGGGACUUGUAAGACAAUGGCCCCUAACACAAGAGAAGAAGGUCUGAUGUAUCAGAACAGAGACUACUACUUAUCACAUAAUACCUCAACACACAACACAACCAGCACACAAUAUCCUGGUGGUAAUGUAUCAAGGAACAGUAUGCAUCCACCCUACACAGCAUCUCCUCAACUAAGACUCUCACAGAACCAAAAUAACUACCAGAUUUCAGGAAACCUCACAGUGCCUUGGAUUACUGAGUGCUCCAGGAAAAGAACACUCCAGGACCGCACUCAGUUCAGUGACCAUGAUCUAGCAAUGCUGAAGAAAUACUGGGAUAACGGCAUGACAAGUUUGGGCUCGGUUUGCAGAGAGAAGAUAGAAGCUGUGGCUUCAGAAUUAAAUGUAGACUGUGAAAUAGUGCGGACGUGGAUAGGAAAUCGAAGGCGAAAAUACCGUUUAAUGGGAAUAGAGGUCCCACCUCCCAGAGGAGGUCCUGCCACCUUCUCAGAGUCAGGAUCCUCUUCAUUGCCUUCAGUAGAAGAUCCUGUUGCAGAAGUAGCUGAAGAUAAUGACCGGAAUGAUGACGUGUCUAUCUGCCUCUCUGAGGAAAGUUCACAGGCAGAUGAAAUGCCUGAGGUUGUACGGAAUGAAGAUAUUGCCAUCAAAGGAGACUGUCACGAUUCUGUUCCAGUGCAUAAUGUGAAAGUGGAAGUGGUUGAAGAGGACAUCACUGAUGCUGUUAGCAAGUUUGAUGUGGAGCAGAUGCGUUCUCUCUUGGACUACAAGAAUGAAGAAAUGAGGUACAUGGAGAACGAGCUGGAGAAUUAUAAGCAGAAGUUUGCUGAGCUGCAAACAUUCACCAAGAAUCUUAUACAGGCUGUGAAGUCAAACGAUAAAGAGCAACAACAGAUCCUCCUAGCUGAGUCACCUUUGGAAUUAGAAGACAUGGAUUACAGUCAUCCCUCCCCUGAGCCUGAAGAUACCUCAUACAGCAUGUCCUCUGUAUCGGAGAAAAACACUCCAGACAGUGUGUGAAGCCAUCCCAGCUCCUCCGCUGCCACAUGGUCCCAGUGUUCUGUCCCACUCCUAUCUCUCAUUCUUUGUAAGACUGAAUGAACUGACUGAAAAUAAAAAGGCUAACUUAUUUUAAUCAACUAAUAGAAUAUAUUUUGCAUCCUGGAUAUAUUUCUGCUUCGCAGAGUAAAUAAAACUCACAACAGUCGAUAAAGACUCUGUAUUUA